CUUAGCAACGACUUUCUGUACCCGGAAGUACUUCGGUGUGCUUCAGCUAACUAGCUAUGUGCUGUUCUGGGGGGAGAAAGUGUGAAAAUAAAGUUCAUUUCGAUUAAAAUUAUGAGUGCGGCAACUGUACAGGUGUCUCGCACCCUUGUCCGGUAAAAUGAAUGCGAGGAGUCAAUUGCGUCGCAGACAUGAGAGGAAGAACAACUGUAUGCUACUGAAAUGCUUUAGUUAAGGCUGUGUGACAGGCAAUGAUAUGCUUGUGAAGUUAUGCAGAGGUUAUGGAAAGUUUAACUAAUUGCGAUGAAGAGGAGCAGCCUUCAUCUGGGAUGACCAACUCCUGGUCCAAACAAGAAGCUUUCAGGGGUCAAAUGCCAAAAUGUGCUGGUGGAUUUGUCCUGGUGCACGCAGGUGCAGGAUAUCACUCAGAAUCUAAGGCAAAGGAGUAUAAGCAUGUUUGUAAAAGGGCCUGCCAGCGGGCUGUAGACCAACUGAGAGCAGGGGCGCUUGCAGUGGAGGCCGUGACUGCUGCUCUGGUUGAGCUAGAGGAUUCUCCUUUUACAAAUGCUGGCAUGGGCUCCAACCUGAAUCUGUCGGGGGAAAUUGAAUGUGAUGCAAGCAUCAUGGACGGGAAGUCUCUUCAUUUUGGCGCAGUUGGAGCCAUUAGCGGUAUAAAAAACCCAGCCUUAGUUGCAAACUGUCUCCUGGCUGAAGCCCAGAAAGGGAAGCUCUCAGCAGGCAGAAUACCACCCUGCUUUUUAGUGGGGCGAGGGGCUCGCGAUUGGGCAGUCAGCCAUGGCAUACCUUCAUGCCCUUCAGAGAAAAUGGCAACAAAGUUCAGCUUAUCUGCGUACAAGAGGAACAAGCGAAAGAUGGAGCUGGCGGAGAAGAUGGACGCAGGACAAAACCAGACAAAGAAAAAACGACAAUCAAGUGAAAACGAAAACGGCUCAGGGUGCCUGGACACGGUCGGAGCUGUUGUGGUCGACUCGGAGGGGAACGUAGCUGCAGCCGUGUCCAGCGGUGGUCUGGCUAUGAAACAUCCCGGCAGGGUUGGCCAGGCUGCUCAUUAUGGAUGUGGCUGCUGGGCUGAAAACGCCUGUAACAUGAACUCUUACUCUACAGCAGUGAGUACCUCAGGGUGUGGAGAGCAUCUGGUUCGCACCAUGCUGGCUCGGGAAUGCUCUGCUGCCAUGCAGUCUGAAGAUGCCCACCAAGCACUGCUGGAGGCUAUGCAAAACAAGUUCAUCAGCUCACCGUUUCUGGCCAGUGAGGAUCGAGUUCUGGGUGGAGUUAUCGUCUUGAGAUGCUGCAGAUGUGUGGAGGCGCAGGCAUCUCCAGAUAUUCAAGGUGCAAUGGUGGAGUUCCUAUGGAGUCACACCACAGAGAGCAUGUGUGUUGGCUACAUGUCUGCCCAAGACAGCAAAGCUAAGACGCACAUCUCCAGGUUGCCUCCUGGGACCGUUCCUGGCCAGUCUUUGGCCAUCGAGGGAGGGGUGUGUCGUCUGAUGGGCGUUGUGGAUUGAACCAGUUUUCCUCCUCACCACCUCCAUGAACUUCUGGGCUUCCUUAGCAAUACUCCUGUACAAACUGCGCACACACACACACACACACAGACACACGUACAGGACCCCCAACUUCCCAGAGAUAAUAAGCUUUCAUUGUUUGAACAGGUGUUCAGGAAGAAGCGAGGAGCGUUAGCUAUUAGUGCACUUAUAGGACUUCCCUUUGCCAUUGCCGGCCUGCAGUAUGCACUCUAUGCCUGUUUACCCUCCAAGCUCUCCAGUGGAUCAAACUUGAUGCAACGUUAUGUUGAGUAAACGUUACUUUUCUUUGAUCCCCCACCCCCUCAGCUCAAAAAUGCAUCCUUCCUUUUGUACAUAAGCUAUAAUCUAGGGAAACAGGGUGGAUGUCAUAUUGUGUAGCUGAUGAGAUGUGAUUGUUUUCACUUUUUUAUUUUAAAGUGAAGAGCUGUUUUUUUGUUUGUUUUUAAAAGACAAUGGAUGAAAGAUGUAAAAUUGCACCUUCUGGAUUACCUGUUACUCAUGAUGUUUUGCUUAGAAUAAUUUAGAGCUAUGAGAUUUUACCAGUAAUAAUGCAAAUACCGUACUUUAUUAUGGCUACUUUAAUCAGCCUCCAGUGUCCUGUCUAUACUCUGGCAUUAUUUUCAGUAUAGCAUGACACGGCUUUUUGAUCUGGAGUGUUUUUUUUUCUUUUUAUAUAAUCAUAUCAGACUUUGGAUGUUUUGCUUCUUUUAUAAAAUAUGAAUUACACAAAUACUGCAUGUUGACGGCGAGUCACUUUCUCUUACCUCACAGUUAGAGAGCUGAUCUGUAAGCAGGAAGCUGUUCCUUCCCAGAGUGAUGACUGUUACUUAUCAUUUACAAAUCACCUUUUAUUUUUGUCCCACUGGCAAUGAAGUUGUAUUUUCUUGCUGGUAGAACCCAGCUAAAAACAAAUGUACAUAUCAGGCCCAUGAAAUGGUGCUGUUGAAAUGUACUUGAAAAGACUGUCUGAACUAUGUUUGGAUAAAUGGGGUUUGCUGAUUUUUAGUAAGAUUUUCAAACAUGACAAAACUCCAGUUAAUUUCUACAUUUAAAUGACAUUAUUAAUGAAUUGUAUAAGCUUUGGAGACCAUAUAUGUGCAACACUGCAGUGCUGAGAAGAUGAAUAAAAUCUACGUUGCUAGA